AAUCAUGGCAUCUGAGGUAAUGGGUAGAACCAAUCAUUCAAUUGUAUCAGAAUUUGUGUUCCUGGGACUUACUAAUUCAUGGGAGAUUCAGCUCCUCCUUUUGGUCUUCUCCGUUUUGCUCUACUUUGCAAGCAUGAUGGGCAACAUUGCCAUUGUAUUCACGGUGACCUUGGAUACUCACCUGCACUCCCCCAUGUAUUUCCUCCUGGCAAACCUCUCGGUCAUUGAUAUGUUAUUUUGUUCCAUCACAGCCCCUAAAAUGAUCUGUGAUAUUUUCAAGAAGCACAAAUCCAUCUCCUUUGGUGGAUGUUUUACUCAGAUCUUCUUUAGCCAUGCUGUUGGGGGCAGUGAGAUGGUGCUGCUCAUAGCCAUGGCUUUUGACAGAUAUGUGGCGAUAUGUAAACCCCUCCGCUACCUGACCAUCAUGAGCCCAAACAUGUGUCUAUGUUUUUUAAUCACUUCCUGGAUUAUUGGCCUAAUCCACUCAUUGGUUCAAUUAGUUUUUGUGGUAGAUUUGCCUUUUUGUGGCCCUAAUAUACUGGACAGUUUCUACUGUGACCUUCCUCGACUCCUUAGGCUUGCCUGCACAAACACCCAAGAACUGCAGUUCAUGGUCACUAUAAAUAGUGGAUUCAUUUCUGUGGGUUCCUUUGCCUUGCUGAUCAUCUCUUACAUCUUCAUUUUGUUUACUGUUUGGAAACAUUCUUCUGGUGGUUUAUCCAAGGCCUUGUCUACUUUGUCAGCUCAUAUAACUGUGGUGGUUUUGUUUUUUGGGCCACUGAUGUUUUUCUACACAUGGCCUUCUCCCACAUCACACUUGGAUAAAUAUCUUGCUAUUUUUGAUGCAUUUAUUACUCCUUUUCUAAAUCCAGUCAUCUAUACCUUCAGGAACAAAGAGAUGAAUGUGGCAAUAAGGAGAUUAUAUAGUCGUUUUAUGCAUUACCGGAAAAUUUCUUAAAUGGAUUGGCUAUGAA